AUGGCGCCGCUCGAGGACACGUCCAGCGUGGUGGGCGCCACGACGAUGGACGCCUUCUCCGUGUCGUUCCCUGACCAAGUGGAGCAAGAGCUCGGAGCUGCGUAUGGCGAGCCGCAUUGGACCAAUAUCAAGCGUGCUCUCGCCCGGCCACCCGCGUUCACUGCCGUUCGUGUCAACACAUUAAAGCUGUCGCGAGAUGAAGCUCUCCAAGCUCUGAAGCCUCAUCUCGACGGAUUUAACGCUCAAUUGGCUGCUUUGGACGCCAGUCGUCAGCCUAUCGAGGCCUUAGCCCAUGCGUCUCUGCCUGACGUGCUGAUGAUCCCAUCGUCGCCCAGCGGACAAGCUUCUGUUCAGUAUAACCCGGAAUUCAAAAGUAUAGUAGUGGAUCGACUCUGCGGCGAAGCGGUGCUGCGUGGCAGCGACAUCUUCGCUCGAGGAGUCAUGAGCGCCAGCGCCGGUAUCAACGCCGAAGACGACGUCAAUGUCUUCGUCGAUCUGGACCACAACCACACAAGAGGCAGUGAUUUUGCAACGCACAAUGGACGCAAGCUGCUAAUUGCACACGGAGUGACCAAGAUGGCCAGAACGGAGAUCUUCCGAGCUGUACGAGGCCUGGCAGUGACUCAAUUGGUGAGGGUUUGUCCCGAUGCACCGCCCAUGAACGGCGUGCUACGUGGACAGAUUUACGUACAGAAUUUGCCGUGCUCAGUGGUAGCCCAUGUACUAGAUCCACAACAAGGUGAUGUGAUUCUCGAUAUGUGCGCAGCUCCGGGCGGUAAAACUUCCCAUGUAGCCACUUUGAUGAGGAAUACGGGAACGCUCGUAGCGUGCGAUAGAUCCAAGCGAAAAGCCUUAGAGCUACGCACGCUGUGUGAAGAUCUCCAUCUUGAGUGUGUAGAGCCAUUGAAGAUGGACUCUACACACGCAUUGUUGCCCAAAGACAAGGUGGACGCGGCGCCGCGAGACGGAGACUUUACCAGCGUAGCGCAGGUUCUAGCACGAGCCAAGCAGAGUACACCACGCCAAACACGCUUGCUACAAGUAGAGGGGUUCUAUCUCGAGACGUUUGAUCGUAUCUUAUUGGAUCCACCUUGCUCUGCGCUUGGCUUGCGUCCGAGGUUGUUGCAUGCUGGCGACGCUGACAACCUGGCGGAGUACACGAACAUGCAACGCAACUUCCUGUGGGUCGCGGCGUUCCUGCUGAAGCCUGGCGGAACCCUCGUGUACUCCACGUGCACGAUCAACCCGAAGGAAAACGAGCAGAUGGUGCAUCACGCGCUGCAGAACUACCCAUUGAAGCUGGUUUCUCAAGGCGACGCUCAUCUUGGCGACCAUGGUCUCUCUGGACAGGGUCUUAAUGAGGAAGAAGUAGCGCUUGUACAGCGCUUCGACCCAGCGAAUACUGAGCUAGACACCAUGGGCUUCUUCUGCGCAAAGUUCGUCAAGACUGGACCCAUUCGGCGAGAUCUCAGCGCCUUAGAAGAAAACUCAUAG